AUGCAAAUGUUCAAAUACUACGGUCUUCUGGCAGUUCGAGGAAUAUUUACCCCAAACUCCAUCAAGGGUGCGCGUGCACAGAAUAUGAAGCGCGUGAUUGGCACGGUCAACCGACGGUUUGACAAAGUGACAGACCGCAAGGACUUCAUGCACUAUAUUCUGGCCACCAUGGAAUCCGAAAAGGGUAUGUCUCGGCAAGAGAUGAAUGUAAACGCCUUCAGUUUUAGUAUAGCUGGUUCCGAAUCACCGGCAACUGUGCUCAGUGGAUUCACCUACUACAUUCUCACCCAUCCAGACAUCAUGGAAAGACUUGUAGCGGAGAUACGAGGGGCAUUUCAUUCCGUGGACCACAUCCAACUGGCUGAUUUAAACAACCUUACAUACCUCAACGCGGUACUUCUUGAAUCCAUGAGGAUCUAUCCACCUGUAGCUAUCACACUCCCGCGGGUCGUGCCGGGGGAUGGGGAAGUCAUUGCCGGUGGUUUUGUGCCUGCUGGGACCACUGUUGGAAUCAAUCACUAUGCCUGCUAUCAUGAUGCGAAGAAUUUCCAUCGCCCAGGGGAAUUCCUUCCUGAACGGUGGCUUCCAGAGACACAGAAUCAGCAUCCCUACAAUCAGGAUAACCGCAACUGUUUGCAACCAUUUUCUUUCGGUCCGAGGAACUGCCUGGGAAAGAACUUGGCCUGGGCUGAGAUGCGUCUCAUUGCAACAAAGCUUCUACUUCAAUUUGAGAUGGAAUUGGAUCCAAGUAGCAGGGGAUGGGCUGAUGACCAAAAGAUCUUUGGAUUCUGGGUCAAGCCACCAUUGCUGGUCCAUCUGAAACCGAGGGACUAG